GAACCGGUCCGAGGCCCCGGGCGGCCGGCGCGGGCGCCGCGGCACGUCCGCAGGCUGGGUCGCGAGGUGGCGACCGCUGAGAGGCGGGAGGGCCGAGGCGGGCCUGGGAGGCGGCCCGGAGGUGGGGCGCCGCCGGGGCCGGCCCGCGCGGGCUUCAUCUGAGGGCGCACGGCCUGCGGCCGAGCGUGCGGACUCCCAGGCGUGAAGCGACGAGCGGCUGCCGGAGCGGCUAUGGGCCGCGGCUGGGGAUUCCUGAUUGGCCUCCUGGGCGCCCUGUGGCUGCUCGGCUCCGGCCACGGCGAGCAACAGCCCCCAGAGACCGCGGCGCAGAGGUGCUUCUGCCAGGUUAGUGGUUACUUGGAUGAUUGUACCUGUGAUGUUGAAACCAUUGAUAGAUUUAAUAACUACAGGCUUUUCCCAAGACUACAAAAACUUCUUGAAAGCGACUACUUUAGAUAUUACAAGGUAAACCUGAAGAGGCCGUGUCCUUUCUGGAAUGACAUCAGCCAGUGUGGAAGAAGGGACUGUGCUGUCAAACCAUGUCAAUCUGAUGAAGUUCCUGUUGGAAUUAAAUCUGCAAGCUACAAGUAUUCUGAAGAAGCCAACAAUCUCAUUGAAGAAUGUGAACAAGCUGAACGACUUGGAGCAGUGGAUGAAUCUCUGAGUGAGGAAACACAGAAGGCUGUUCUUCAGUGGACCAAGCAUGAUGAUUCUUCAGAUAACUUCUGUGAAGCUGAUGACAUUCAGUCCCCUGAUGCUGAAUAUGUAGAUUUGCUUCUUAAUCCUGAGCGCUACACCGGUUACAAGGGACCAGAUGCUUGGAAAAUAUGGAAUGUCAUCUAUGAAGAAAACUGUUUUAAGCCACAGACAAUUAAAAGACCUUUAAAUCCUUUGGCUUCUGGUCAAGGGAAAAGUGAAGAGAACACUUUUUACAGUUGGCUAGAAGGCCUCUGUGUAGAAAAAAGAGCAUUCUACAGACUUAUAUCUGGCCUACAUGCAAGCAUUAAUGUGCAUUUGAGUGCAAGGUAUCUUUUACAAGAGACCUGGUUAGAAAAGAAAUGGGGACACAACAUUACGGAAUUUCAACAGCGAUUUGAUGGAAUUUUGACUGAAGGAGAAGGUCCAAGAAGGCUUAAGAACUUAUACUUUCUCUACUUAAUAGAACUAAGGGCUUUAUCCAAAGUGUUACCAUUCUUCGAGCGCCCAGAUUUUCAGCUCUUUACUGGAAAUAAAAUUCAGGAUGAGGAAAACAAAAUGUUACUUCUGGAAAUACUUCAUGAAAUCAAGUCAUUUCCUUUGCAUUUUGAUGAAAAUUCAUUUUUUGCUGGGGAUAAAAAGGAAGCACAUAAACUAAAGGAGGACUUUCGACUGCAUUUUAGAAAUAUUUCAAGAAUCAUGGAUUGUGUUGGUUGUUUUAAAUGUCGUCUGUGGGGAAAGCUUCAGACUCAGGGUUUGGGCACUGCUCUAAAGAUCUUGUUUUCCGAGAAAUUGAUAGCAAAUAUGCCAGAAAGUGGACCCAGUUAUGAAUUCCAUCUAACCAGACAAGAAAUAGUAUCAUUAUUCAAUGCAUUUGGAAGAAUUUCUACAAGUGUGAAAGAAUUAGAAAACUUCAGGAACUUGUUACAAAAUAUUCAUUAAAGAAAACAAGCUGAAAUGUGCCUGUUUCUGGACAAUGGAGGCCAAAGAGUGGAAUUUUAUUCAAAGGCAUAAUAGCAAUGACAGUCUUAAGCCAAACAUUUUAUAUAAAGUUGCUUUUGUAAAGGAGAAUUACAUUGUUUUAAGUAAACAAAUUUUUAAAAAUUACGUUAAGUCUAUGUAUAAUAUGACUGUGAGUAAAAGUAAUACUUUGAUAAUGUGGUACAAAUUUUAAAGUUUAAUAUUGAAUAAAAGGAGAAUUAUCGGAUUCGUAUAUGA